CCCUCGCAGGACCGGAUCUGGAGCAUUUCUUUGAAAACGCUCUUUCUAACUUUCGUUUUCCAGACGUCAUAAACUGCGACAUGACUUCCGUGUUUAGAUGUGGACUACAUGACGACACAGGCGGGAGAUUUGUGUUUUAGGAAAAUAAUAUACAAAACGUCAUGCCAUCAGAGAAUUUGGUGUAGAGACAUGUUGCUGUUCUGCAGUGAAUGGUUGUCACUGUCCGCGCGCCAAUGGACCCGCUGGAUUUCCUAACGAAGGAUCAGUUGCUGCUCUUCUUUCGCCGUAAGAAGACGGAGAUGUCGUGCAUGGAUCAACCACACACCUUCCUCACUCAGUUGCGGGACCACGACCUUGUGUCGGAGAAGCUCUAUCAGAGAGUGGUCAGGAUGAAGACGAAGGAGCAGAAGAAGAAGGGUGUGUAUGAGGUGCUGGACAGUCUGGAGACCCAUCAGCCGGAGUGUGUGGAGACCUUCUGGCGGAGUGUGUUUACAGACCACAUCAUGCAGCUGUACCCCACUCUCAGACUGCUGAGGAACAGCCUCAUGGAUGGGUCCUUCCCAUUCAAUGAAAGUCAUCCGGAGGUGGACUGCACGAGCGAGGAGAAGGACGCAGAGGAAAAGAGUGAAGACAUGAAAGAGAGGACGGUGAAGAAGAGGAGUAGACAGAAGAGCAAAGGGAGCGCGAGCGAAAGGGAGGAAGAGGAGGAGCACGAUCAAGCAGGGACUUCUCAAGGCAAAACCAGUGUGAAGAAAAGGAAGCUUCAGAAACCUAUUUACAGCUCUCCUCUGAUCAAGGGGGGUAGAGAGGACAUCUGGAACUGGCCCAUGUUUAAGACCCAGCUGCCCGUCACCUGCGGGAACAAAGAGGGGACUCUAUACAGAGACAAACUAGCCAAAGGAGUGAGGAGCAUUUUUCACGAGGAUAGGUGGUACACACCAGGCGAGUUUGAGAAGCUGGGAGGUAAGGAGAGGAGCAAGAACUGGAAGACCAGCAUCCGCUGCCGAAACACACCACUGCAAAAGCUGAUUCAGGAAAAUCACUUAACGUCUUCACCAGCUAAAAGGAGAUCAGCUGACAGAGGACAGGAUGGUACUUGCAUGCAGCAGUUUACUAACACAGACCCCACACAUGUGAAGAAGAAGAUGAGGAGAGCCCUGUUUCCCUCCAGCCCAGAGAACUCCAUCAGACUGUCUGACUCCAGUGAUGAAGAGAACAGCAGCAGUAACCAGACGGAGGACAGAAGCGAGGGAGACCCGAGAGAAGAGAGGGAAGAGGGGGAAGAAGAGGAGGGAGGGAUGGCGGGGCUGGGGGGGGCUGUAGAGGGAGGCAGUAACCAUGACAACGGGGAGGUGGACACAUCCCUGUUUGAAGGAAGCACUCUGCCUGUCCAGUGUGGGCCUGUCACCGGAAGACUGCAGAAAGACCGCUUCGCGUCAGGAAGUACAGGAAAGUGCAUCCGUACAGAUGAGAGGUGGCUGACCCCUGCAGAGUUCAUCAGGCUGAACCCUGACCUGAAGGAUGGAAUGUGGAAGAGAGACAUCACCUGUAGAGGCCAACCUCUAAGCUACCUUUUACAGGGGAAGAUCCUGCAGGUGCAUUCUCUGCUGUGUAUGUGUCGAAUGUGCAGUCACACAGAGUCAGACCUGCAAGACCAGACAAAUGAUGACCACUGCUUCAUCUGCGGAGAGAGAGGAGAGCUGCUGUGUUGUGAUGGGUGUCCCAGAUCCUUCCACAGAGACUGUCACAUACCCACUCCAACACCUUCACCAGGUGAUGACUGGCUGUGUACGUUCUGUGUGUGGAAGAGGAGUCAGGAAUGGCGUUAUGCUGAUCACAUGACCCAAAAACAGGUCCUAGACAGAAGGAUCUCGGAGUAUACUCUGCAAUGUCAGUACCUCCUGCUGUUUUUACUCAAUGCAGAUGAGCAGAGAAUCUUCACUAUAGAUCCCUGCCCUACUGUGUCAGGCUACUCGUCAGUGAUACCAAGGCCCAUGUGGCUGCAGAAGGUGCGGGAGAACCUGGAGAGUCGCUACCGUCUGGUGGGGGAGUUCGUCUCAGACAUGCGACUCAUCUUCAGGAACUGUGCCGUCUUCAACAGGAAGAAUCAAGAGAUUAAGGAAAUGGGAAUUAGACUCAGUACUUUGUUCGAAGAGGAGUUUCAAAGUACCUUCAUUGCAACCAAUCAACGUGAUGAUUCGGGAUAAAGUCCAGCCGAACCCAAGUCCCUCCAUUGUUAAGGAGCUUGGCUAGCAUGCAGUAUCAACACAAGUUGUGGGUUCAAUUCUUGAGCAAGUCACCAAACACCCUUUGUAAUGUAAUUGACAUAAGUAAGUCGCUUUGAAUUGAAGUGCCUGCUAAAUGAAUAAAUGUAAAUAUAAAUAUAUAUACAGCUCAAAGAAUGAAGAGAACACAUAAUUGCUCUGACACUAUUUCUGUGCACAAGUAAAAAACCUUUGAGGCGAGUGUUUUAUUUUGCAAGAACUGUCAGACAUUCUGUGAAUGUAGUUUGAGAAUUGAGAAAAGGGUGGAAGGUUUCAAAAAAAUGUUGUGGAAAACUGUAAGUGUUCCCUUAAUUUUUUUGAGCAGUAUAUAUAGAAAGAGAGCGAGAGAGAUCCCUGACCACAGUUUACUCAGGGACACACUAGGACCCCUAGGCCACUGAAGUCCAAAUUGGGAUUUUGUUUUCUCAUCUCUUACAAUAAUUGCAGUCAGUCUCUACUGUAUAUAACCACGUUGCUUUACCUUUGCAUUGCCACGUUUUGUACAAGCUCCAUGUGACGACAGCCAUGUCUAAUCCAACGUGCCCAACAGUUAGAUCACAGACUAGACAGAAAGAGAAACCCUAGACGAAUAGCACAGUUGUACCAGCAGCAAACACCUGCCCAUCAAACAUACAUUAUCUGUGUGUGUAUUAACGAUUACUACUUUAAACUUGUACGUCAAAAACAUUAUUUUUUUAAUGAAUUAAAGAAUUCUUAUGACCUCUUCCUUUUGGAGUGUAUGCACAAAAGAGUAAUACAAUGUUAUUACCUCAAUUUCCUGGAAGUAUUAGAGAUAUACAGUUUGAGAUGUAUUGUUUGCCUUGAUACAAUUUUUUUUUCUAACUGUUAAUAGUCCACUAAAUGUCCACAUUAAAAACUGUCUGCUUGAAUACAUUUUUGAAAACAUGUAAAACUGUCCCAGAUGUUUUUGCGCUACAUGCACUGUUGAAUAAAAAAUAAAAUACAUUUCCUUAAAAACAGUGCUUGUUUGUGUGACUGAAAGAGAAUAACCUGAAGUAUUUCUUCAGUUUUUCCCCAUCAGCUUGCCAAGUUACUGGCUCUGGUUCAUAUAGAGAAGAGAUUAGCAGCAGAUCAAUGCUUUGGGCUGGAAUGAUCCCUCCCUGAAUU